GCGUUGCCUUGGAUACGGGUGUGUUGCCAUGGUGAUUUUACUACAGGCAGCCACAGUUUGACCGUCGGAGAGAAUAUAUUUCAUUAAUAACUGCAGACAGAAAUAGGUAAAGAGGAGCUGCCAUGUUGGCCUCCUCCAUCCCCCCAUCUCUCCUCCUCUUCCUCCUACUCGUCCUCCUCACCCCUCCCUCCCACCCUGCUGAUGUCUUCGUGACCUCUGACCCGGCGGUGCGGUGGGUGGAGCUACAUGGCGCUCCUCUCUCUCACCUGGUACUGGAUCCGGGGGCGGGGCAUCUCUAUGUGGGCGGGGUCGACCAUCUGUACCAGCUGACCGCUGACCUGGAGGUGAUGUCACACGUCAGGACCGGCCCCCACCUGGACUCCCCAGACUGUCUCCCCCCAAUCGUCCCACAGGACUGCCCCUCUGCCACGCCCACUCACAACCACAACAAGCUGCUGCUGCUGGAGGCGGGGCAGGGGGCGGGGCAAGACAGCCUGAUCGUCUGUGGCUCGCUGUAUCAGGGCAUCUGUGAUAAAAGGAGUCUGUCCAACAUCUCUCAGCUCAUCUAUCAGACCUCCAACCCCGUCGACACUCAGUACGUUGCCGCCAACGACCCCCGAGUCUCCACUGUCGGCGUGGUGAUAACCACGGAGAACAAACAGGAAGGGGGCGGAGCCGGUGGUGUACUGCGUCUGAUGCUGGUUGGUAGAGGCUACACAAGUAAAGGUCCCGGUGACAUCCCGCCAAUCACAACACGGCGCCUGUUCCCGGUGGUUGCUCCUCGCCGGGCUUUCUCUCAGGAGGAGGAUCUGGGGAAGCUGGUCGUCGGGAGUUACUCAGAGUACAACAACCACUUUGUAAAGGCCGUCACCCACGGCAACCAUGUCUACUUCCUGUUUUCUCGGCGGGACAUGUGGCACAAGAAGGAGUACCGGACGUACGCCUCGCGUCUCUGUGUCGGCGACCGCAGCUUCUACUCGUAUGUGGAGGCGCCGCUGCUCUGCCACGGUGGCUACAACCUGGCCCAGGGGGCGUGGCUAGGAAACCACUCUGGUGAGCCCGCUCUGUUUGUCGUCAUGGCGGCAGGACAAGCAUCCACACCUGUGGCGACUAGUCGCUCAGCGCUGUGCGUUUAUGGGAUGGCGGAGCUGGACGCCAUGCUGCGGCGAGCACAGGAAGUGUGUUACACAGAGGGAGGGCGGGGCAGCGGCGGGCAGGAAGAGGCCUACAUUGAAUAUGCUGUGUCAUCAAAAUGUCUCAAACUACCAAAGGACUCUCUGUCGGAGUAUCCCUGUGGGGGGGAACACACCCCCAACCCCAUCGCCAGCACUGUACCACUCGAGGCCACACCCACCUUCACCUCCACCACCCAGCUGACUGCUGUCACCACGGCAAUGGAGGCGGGACACACUAUCGCCUUCCUGGGAGACCGGGAGGGAAGACUGCACAAGGUGUUGGUGCGCUCUGAUUGGUCAGGUGACCUGUACGGCAGUGUGCUGGUGGACAGUGACAGCACCAUCAGCGCUGACCUCCUAUUGGACGAGAGACAGCAGCAUGUUUAUGUUUUAACUAACAGCAAGCUGUCGAAGGUUCCUGUGUCCUCAUGUGAGAGACAGACAGACUGUCAGUCCUGUCUUGCUGUCAGAGACCCGUACUGUGGCUGGUGUGUCCUGGAGGGAAGGUGUUCGCGUAAACAUCAGUGUCAGCGCCACAGGCAGCCCAACCAUUGGCUGUGGAGCUUCGAACCAACCAAUCAGUGUGUGACGGUGCAGAGCCUGCAGCCAUCCAAUCAGAGCAAAGACGAGCAGACGCAGGUAACGCUGUCAGUUGCUCAACUCCCCGCCCUCUCGGCGGCGGAGUCUCUGUCCUGCGUCUUUGGGCUCCUCCCACCUCAGCCUGCCAUCGUCAUGGGAACCAGCAUCACCUGUCCAUCCCCUGAGCCGGAGCUCCUCCCUCCCAUGCUGACAGGAAGUGAUCACAUGAUCCUGCCCGUGUUGCUGAUGUUUGGUCACGUGACCAUCACCACGGGCAACAUGACCUUCUACGACUGUGGAGCCGUGAGCCGCCUGAACCAGAGCUCUCAGUGUCUGGCGUGUGUCAGCAGUGUGUGGAGGUGUAACUGGUGUCCUCUGGAUCAACUCUGCACUCACAACCAAAACUGUCCAAACCAGCACAUCAUCCUCAACCAGAGAGACUCUCCUGGUCCCACUUCCUGUCCCCUGGUCUUUGCCCUGCAGAGUUCUGCCCUUGUGCCAUUGGGCCUGAGCAGCACUGUGGUCCUGAGGGGACGAAAUCUGGAUGUCUACAAGGAUGAUGCUCAGUAUUCGUGCGUUGUGGAAAUCGAAGAUGUUCAGUUUAAUCUGACGGCGACUGAAGAGAAAACAAACGAUAACACACGCACCUUCACCUGCAGCCCACACCAGUUUCAGUUUGCUGUCAGCCAGCUUCAGUAUUCGACAGCUGUCUAUCUGCGUCGAGGAGAGAGACGCAUCGACACAUCACCUGGCCUCCGACUCCAGCUGUACGACUGCUCAGCUGGCCAAACAGAUUGCUCCCAGUGCCGGGCGGUGCCGGCGGAGUACGGCUGUGUGUGGUGUUCAGGAAGCCCCGCCCCCAGCUGUGUCUACAACCAAUCCUGCACUGGCACACCUGCAGACACCUGCCCACCUCCUCAGAUCACACAGGUGCUGCCUGUCUCUGGUCCCCUGGAGGGCGGAGUCCUGGUGACGAUCACAGGGUCUAACCUGGGGAUGAGAUACCAGGAUGUGGUGGGCGGAGUCACAGUAGCAGGUGUUCAGUGUCCACCUCAACCUGAAGGAUACCAGAUCUCCACCAGGGUUGUGUGUGAGCUGCAGUCCAGUGGGACGGAGACAAAAGGACAUGUCCUGGUUAGCGUGGGAAAGACUCCACCUGGGAUGUCAGCACAGCUGUUCAGAUAUCAGGACCCACAGCUCCUGGACCUGGUCCCUGAUAAAGGUCCGGUCUCUGGAGGAACCAGACUGACCAUCAGAGGACGUCAGCUGCUAACGGGACAGAGGACGGAUCUGAGCGCCUUCCUGGGCCCCCAGCCCUGCUACAUACUGGAGGAGGUGAAGGACACCCAGCUGGUGUGUCAGACGGGUCCCAGUAACCGGACCGGCGCCGUGUCUCUGCGGGUCCUGUUUGGGACGGCGGAGAGAACCGUCUCUAACGUGACCUUCCGUUACCUUGACGACCCCGUCAUCACAGAUGCCGCGCCUGCAGAGAGCUUCUACGCAGGCGGACGUGUCAUCAUGGUGACGGGCAGGAACCUGGAUGUGGUGCAGCAGCCAAUCAUCUCGGUGUGGGUGGAGCCUGUGGAGGUGCAGAGGGUGAAGCGGAGGAGACGAUUGGCUCUGCUCACUGCCAAGCAGCUGGUCUUCAACAGCACCAUGGCAACGGUUUCAGAGCGCUGCUCUGUCCUGUCGUCCUCUCAGAUGACCUGUCCGACCCCCGCAGUGUCACCAGAGGUCAAAGUGAAGGGGGUCUGGUUUCAGCUGGAUAAUGUCAGAGUCCACUAUGAGACCAUUAAGGGUAAGAGUUUCACGUAUUAUCCGAACCCUGAGAUCUUCCGCCUGAACAGAGAAGCUCCAGACGAUCCGUAUCGAUUCAAACCGGGAGGCGUGAUCGCCGUUGAGGGUCAGGACCUGAUGAGAGCGAUAUCUAGACAGGAAGUGACGGCUCGACUCGGAGACCAGGAGUGUGAGGUGAAAACUCUGGACAACACACACCUGUACUGUGAACCACCAGAGAUCCAACCAAUGAGUGUGGAGGACAGCGAGCUGCCCAGCCUCAAGGUGUUCAUGGGAAACCUACAGGUUGACCUCGGCUUGGUUCAGUACGACAGUGACUCUCUGUCUGUCGUCCCAUUGGCUGCUCAGAUCAGUUUGGGGGCGGGAGCAGCUGUCAUCAUCCUGUCAGUGCUCGUCGUCAUCCUCAUGUACAGGAGGAAGAGUAAACAGGCUCUGAGGGAUUAUAAGAAGGUUCUGCUGCAGCUGGAAACUCUGGAGAUCAAUGUGGGAGACCAGUGUCGCAAAGAGUUCACAGACCUUAUGACUGAGAUGAUGGACCUGAGCAGUGAUGUUGGAGGACCUGGACUCCCCCUGCUGGACUACAGGACGUAUGCAGAGAGAGUCUUCUUCCCCGGCCAGCAGGUGGCGCCGCUGAGCCGCCAGCUGGACCUGCCAGAGUCCAGGAGACAGACGGUGGAGCAGGGCCUCCAGCAGCUCAACAGCCUGCUCAACAACAGACUCUUCCUCACCAAGUUCAUCCACACUCUGGAGGCCCAGCAGGGCUUCUCUCAAAGGGACCGCGGGUACGUGGCUAGUCUGCUCACCAUGGCCCUGCACGACAAACUGGAGUAUUUCACCGAAGUCAUGAAGAGUCUGCUGCAGGAUCUGGUCCAGCAGUACGUCGCCAAGAACCCCAAACUCAUGCUGCGCCGGACGGAGACAGUUGUAGAAAAGAUGUUGACCAACUGGAUGUCGAUCUGCCUCUACUCCUUCCUCAAGGAGGUGGCGGGGGAGCCCCUCUACAUGCUUUACAGAGCCAUAAAGUAUCAGGUGGAUAAAGGUCCAGUGGACACGGUGACAGGGAAAGCCAAACGGACGCUGAACGACAGCCACCUGCUGCGAGAGGAUAUCGACUACUCUGCCAUAACUCUGACCGUGUUGGUGAAGAACGGCGUCGAGGUUCAGCCUUGUCCUGUUAAAGUACUCGACACCGACACUAUCACACAGGUGAAGGAUAAGAUCCUUGAUCAGGUCUACAGAGGAGCUCCAUUCUCUCAGAGACCAGCAGCGGACAGUCUGGACCUGGAGUGGCGUUCAGGUCAGGCAGGUCACCUGACCCUGUCAGAUGAUGAUGUCACAGCGGUGGUUCAAGGUCGCUGGAAACGAAUCAACACUCUGCAGCACUACAAGGUGCCAGACGGAGCCACCGUUGCUCUGAUUCCUCGUUCUCAGAGUUCAAGUGGCGUCGGAGUGAACCAGGUCUUCCAGACUGGAGAGAAAACGCCAAUGCUGGAGGGCGAGGAGGAGGAGGGGCUGCGACUGUGGCACCUGGUGAAGAGCAGCGAGGACCCCGAGAUCCCCAAACACAGAAAGAGCAGCAUGAGGGAGAGAGAGAGGGCCAAGGCCAUACCUGAGAUUUACCUGACCAGACUGCUGUCCAUGAAGGGGACGCUGCAGAAGUUUGUGGACGACGUCUUCGUGGCGAUCCUCAGUACAAAGCGUCCUCCUCCGAUUGCCGUCAGGUUCUUCUUCGACUUCCUGGACGACAUGGCGGAGAAACACGGCAUCGAUGACCCCGAGACCGUCCACAUCUGGAAGACUAACAGUCUCCCGCUCAGGUUCUGGGUGAACAUCCUGAAGAAUCCUCAGUUUGUUCUGGACGUUCAGGUGACCGACAGCAUCGACGCUGUUCUGUCCGUCAUCGCUCAGACCUUCAUCGACUCCUGCACCACCUCCGAGCACAAAGUGGGACGGGACUCUCCUGUCAACAAGCUGCUGUACGCCAGAGAGAUCCCCCGAUACAAACAGCUGGUGGAGAGGUAUUACAGUGAUAUUCACAGCGCUGCGUCAGGCUGUUAUCAGGAGAUGAAUUCCACUCUGACUGAGCUGUCUGGGAGUUUUGCCUCAGAGAUGAACAGUCUUGUUGCUCUCCAUGAACUCUACAAGUACAUCAACAAAUAUUAUGACCAGAUCAUCAUGUCUCUGGAGGAGGACAGCUCAGGCCAGAAGAUGCAGUUGGCCUAUCGGCUGCAGCAGGUCGCCGCCCUGGUGGAGAACAAGGUCACUGACCUCUGAUGACCCUCUCAGCCUGUCUAAAGGAAGCAAUGACCUCUGACCCCGUGACCCCGAAGACACUUGGAGCCCCCGCUGAGGAAGACGAGGAUGAAGAAGCUCCAAGAGACUGAAACUCUGGAAACCACUGGACUCUUGUUAACACUGUCUUCCUGCUGUGUGUGUGUGUGUGUGUGUGUGUGUGUGUGUGUGUGUGUGUGCGUGUGCGUGUGUGUUUUGGGGUUUUUAUAGUCAGACUCAGGAGAUCCUGGUUCUUUAGGUUCCUUAACUCAGUAGCAGCAGUCAAACCAAACCUGAACCCGACAAUCUAACCAAUCAGAUCAGAGAACAUCAUCACCUGCUGCCUUGCACUGCAUUACCCAGAGUUCCCUGCUGUUCUCCUGUCUGUAUGGAGUCAGAAAGCACAAUUUUAAUAGUUACUGAACUGAUCACGUGUACUGAUGAUUGACCUGCUGAUCCUAGACAUGCUGGAUGUUUUGUAUCGACAGUAUUGCUGACAAUAUUUUUAGAUUUUACUACUGAAACCAGCACAAACCUGCAUCAGGAGCUUUAAAGAGUUUUUCUGAGCGCAAUAACAGAAUCAGGGAGUGUUUUUGAAUCGCUUUUUUCAGUGUGACUCCAGUUUCUGAGGCUCACGUCUCCAGCUUAAACUAAAUCUUCCAUCUGGAGCUCUUCAGGUAACCUCGACCCCUGACAACCUCAGGACCCGAACCCGCGCUGGUUCCCAGUCUUCCUCAGUUCCAAGUUGAAAACAGAUCAGUCUCAAAAACCGUUGGUCUGAUGACAAUUUAGCCUCCAAGGCCAACAGCAAAUAUUUCUGGAGUUCCAGUGUAGCCAGCAGAUAUCCAGGGACUUCCUUUUCUGUGAGUCGGUCAUGUUUACAGUCUGAUUAGUAAUUUUAUUGAAACUUUUUGUAUUUACUUUUUGAUGCCCAUAAAAAGGCACUGAAUAAAUACAUUUAUCUACAUUUUGCAGCCUCUGUAAAGCAAAGUGUCUCUGCACAGGGUCAGACAGUUUUAAUCCCACAGACCCUCCUUCACUUUAAUCCAGCAGCUGGAAACAAAGACAUAGAAAAGUCUAAGGAGCUACAGAGUGUAUUCAAACUGUAACCUGAACUUAACACAUGCUGACACACAACAAACACAACGUCUGGCUGAUUCUUUGUUGCUGGACGUUUUUAAAUUCUCAGAGACAGACUGGAAAGGAAAAGCUGGAAACAGAAAAAGGAAUCACACUGAAAUUUAAAUUUUUUUAAAACGUUGAAGUUGACGGACGAUAAAAACAAUCUGAAACCUGGGGGAAGAGUUUGUGUGUGUGUGUGUGUGUGUGCGCGCUAGCUAGUUACUAACUUAUUACAUGUACAUACUGUAAGUCCUAUUUAUACCUAUUUAUCCCAGCUGUGCCUUCACUCUUGCAGCUAGGUGGCGCUGUCAGUCUGUUCUUACAGCAGCCUUAUUGAUCAGGUGUCCCAGUGCACCAUGGGAAGAUAAAUUAAUUUUAAUGUUUAUUAAUGAAUCAGGGAGGGAAACAACAAUUGAAACAUCGUGUACAAACACGCCAAAUAAAGCCCAAACAGCCUGUAUCACUGGAUCUAUAGCUAGCGUAGCAUCACGCUAGAGUUUCCAAGUGUCAACUUAAAAGUGCUUUAGAGUUUUUAUAUAAUGCACUGCUUGUAGCUACUUUGGGUGAGCUAGGAUUGGCGAAUUAGCUCUUUGUUUAACUUUGUAUAAAAAGCAGUGAUUGUUAUCGCCAGGACGAUAAAACCACGUGAUAUCAUGAAACAAAAACGGCCACGUUGUCUCAUUAGGUGUCACGUGAGCGGACAGCCAUAGCACACAUCGGAAAACAAAGUGUGUUGCCCUCUUUUGAAGAUGCUGAUUUUAGCAAGUUGAUGCUAUGAUAGCUACAACCCUUCGACCACCAACAGAUUUCUAGUCUCUGAGUCUGACCUGCUGUUAAUGCAUGCUAUAUUGUACCGUCAAACAGGCUGAAUCCAGAUAUCUGAACCUCCCCGCAGUCGGUGAUGUAAUGAUGUGAUGUAAUGAUGUGAUGUAAAAAAAAAAAAAGCAAUAAUAAUUAUUAGAAAGGUAAAGGUUGUUUUUUUCUAAUGAAACAAAGACAAAAACAGUGUUUUAAUCAGAAGAUAUUCUCAGUGUUAAAGUUUGACUGUACAGACACAAACUAUUUCAGGAUCAAUAACCUGGAAACCUGGUCUCAGAGUUCAGUUCAUUGACGUGUUGAUGUACAGAAGGACUUAGUCUGCAGGUUGAGAGGUUUGAGGUUUGGAUUCAGCCUUGAGGUUAUCGACUGUGUCUCCAUGGCAACAGUUUGUUGUUCUAGCUGUUGGUGUGUUUUCUCUGUGUGUAACUGUGACAAGACAGAGAUUUAUUUAGUCAUCAUGUGCAACUCUGUGGAACAGGAUACUUCUUGGACUCUCCUGACAAGAUACUUCUGAGACUCUUGACAGAAUACUCCCUUCACUCCUGAUAGAAUACUUCCCGGACUCUCCGGACAUGAUACUCCCUUGAUUCCAGACAGGAUACUUCGUAGACUCUUUACAGAAUACUCCUUUGACUCCCGUCAGGAUACUUCCCGAACUCGCCUGCUGGGAUACGUCUUGGACUCUCCUGGCAGGAUACUUCUCUGACUCUCCUGACAGGAUACUUCUCGGACUCUCCUGACAGGAUACUUCUCGGACUCUCCUGACAGGAUUCUUCUUGGACUCUCCUGACAGGAUUCUUCUCUGACUCUCCUGACAGGAUACUUCUUGGACUCUCCUGACAGGGUACUUCUUGGACUCUCCUGACAGGAUACUUCUCGUACUCUCCUGACAGGGUACUUCUCGUACUCUCCUGACAGGAUACUUCUUGGAAUCGCCUGACAGGAUACUUCUUGGACUCUCCUGACAGGAUACUCCCUUGACUCCUGACAGGAUACCUCCUGAACUCGCCUGACAGGAUACUUCCUGCACUCCCCCGACAAAUAUCCUUCCUGAACAUGUAUCUUUUUCUGUGUAAAUGGACUCUGAGACAGGACUUAUCAGGCAAUAACCAAACUGACUCUGACUGUCGGCAGUCAUAUUUGCUGCUGAGCUGAAACAGAAAACUGACAGAUUUUUUCUGAUAAAUUGAGACAUUUGUUGAAUGAUCUUCCUCUUGUACUUUUCUUCUUCUAAUAUUUCUGAUGAUUAUCGCUGUUUAAUCUGAACUUCUCUCCUCUGUGUUUUUGCCUUGCGUGUUUUUUGAGCCUGUGUUUGACCCGUAGUUGUAGUUCUCUGGUCAGGUUAGAAUUCUGCAUGCGUGUGAUGAUGAUGAUGGUGAUGAAGAAGAUUUAUGGUGCUUCUUUAAGCUAAUUUCUUUUAAAAUAAAGACAAGAUGGGGCUUAAACUCCACCAUGUCUCUUAUGAUGUAUGUAAAUGGGGGAUAAAGGUCACGGUUUGGCCUUUGACCUCCUGAUCUCUGUACAGUUUUCUAAUCUACUGGGACAUGCUGAAACAGAUUCUCAGCUCUGAUUGGUCGAGCUCUGUUUGUUACUGAAAUGUUUUUUCUACAAGGGAAUUAAAACUAAAGGGUUUGUAUAAAAUAAAUCCAGGAUCAGUUGUAAUGAAGCACAGAUUGCUUUUCUACUGACUGUGUACAGUUUGCUAACAGUGUGUAAAUGUGCCUGUAAAUACCUGUCCGAGGAUGAUGGUGAUGAUGAAGACAAGUCAGUCUGCAAUGGAAAUGUGCUUUUAUUGUGAAGAGGCAGGAGGCCAAACACAAUUUGUAUCAUGUAAAAAUAAAGUUAUAAUUUUAACAGUU